CCGAGGGGCUGUGUGGUAAACACGGUGCUCGGCUGCAGCCGUGAGCGCGGGUCUGGCCCUUUCGGGAAUUAUAUGUUUUUACACAUUUAGUCGUUCUAGAAGAGGUUAUUUCUCUCCAACUUCAGCUACAGUGAUAGCUAAGUUUGGAGAGGAGAGAAGGGAAAUAUUCGUGUUUUUUGCGCAGGAAUUAUUUGCAUCGAGGAUUUACUUUUCGCGUUGAACCCGAAACAUACAAAGGAAUUAAUAUCCUGACAAAUACAACCGAACAAAUACAAUCGAUUUUGACGCACAAUGGACAGCGCUGCAUCUAAAAAAUCUUGCUGCGAAAGAGUUCGCGAAUUCUUCAAGUCUGCGAAAUUCCUCAUUUACCUCGGACAUGCCCUGUCAACAUGGGGGGAUCGAAUGUGGAAUUUUGCUGUGGCUGUGUUUUUGGUGGAGCUGUAUGGCAAUAGUUUACUCCUGACAGCCGUGUAUGGACUGGUGGUUGCGGGGUCCGUCCUCUUACUGGGCGCUAUUAUUGGUGACUGGGUGGACAAAAACCCCAGACUGAAAGUGGCGCAGACGUCUUUGGUUGUUCAGAACACUUCUGUCAUUCUCUGUGGUGUCCUUCUGAUGGCCGUUUUCCACUUUAAAGAACAGCUUUCUACCUUGUACAACGGAUGGUUGCUGACUACAUGCUACAUUAUGGUCAUCACCAUUGCUAACAUCGCUAACCUGGCCAGCACAGCUAUGUCCAUCACCAUCCAGAGGGACUGGGUUGUGGUUGUGGCUGGAGAUGAUCGGAGCAAAUUGGCAGAUAUGAAUGCAACUGUAAGAAUAAUCGACCAGUUAACCAACAUUCUGGCUCCAAUGCUUGUCGGCCAGAUCAUGGCAUUUGGAUCCCAUUUCAUCGGCUGUGGUUUUAUCUCGGGCUGGAACCUGUUCUCCAUGUGCAUGGAGUACUUCCUGCUUUGGAAAGUUUAUCAGAAGACUCCAGCACUUGCCUUCAAGGCAGGACAGAAGGAAGCUGAUGAUCAAGAGCUGAAGCAUCUCAACGUACAAAAAGAGAUUGGAAAUAAUGAAAAUCCAGUUGAAGGCUCCCAACUGAUGAAUGAAACCGCUGAGGUGAAGAAGAACACCAGUUGCUGCUACCAAAUGACUGAACCAAUCCGCACCUUUAAGGAUGGCUGGGUGGCCUACUACAACCAGCCCAUCUUCUUUGCUGGCAUGUCUCUGGCGUUCCUCUACAUGACCGUUCUGGGUUUCGACUGUAUCACCACAGGCUACGCAUACACUCAAGGCCUGAACGGCUCAGUGCUCAGCCUCCUCAUGGGAGCUUCAGCUGUAUCUGGAAUCUGUGGAACAGUGGCCUUCACCUGGAUCAGAAAGAAGUGCGGCCUGAUCAGAACCGGCUUCAUCGCUGGAGUCACCCAACUGUCUUGCCUCAUGCUCUGCGUGGCAUCUGUCUUCGCUCCCGGCAGCCCUUUCGAUCUCAGCGUCUCACCCUUUGAUGAUGUUUUAAAACAUCUGUUUGGAGACAGCGGCUCGCUGCGUGAGAGUCCUACACUUGUUUCUACAAUUGAACCACAGAUCGAGACCAACACCACUGUUUUUGAGGAAGCCCCACAAGUGGAGUCCUACAUGUCUGUCAGUCUUCUUUUCGCCGGCGUUAUUGCUGCUAGAGUCGGUCUUUGGUCCUUUGAUUUGACCGUGACCCAACUAAUCCAAGAGAAUGUGAUUGAAUCCGAGAGAGGUGUGAUCAACGGUGUCCAGAACUCCAUGAACUAUCUUCUCGAUCUCCUACACUUCAUCAUGGUCAUCCUUGCACCAAAUCCUGAGGCCUUUGGCCUUCUCGUGAUCAUCUCGGUUUCCUUCGUCGCUAUGGGACAUAUGAUGUAUUUCAGGUUUGCCUACAAAAGCCUCCGGGGUCGACUCUUCCUGUUCUGCUCACCCGAGCAGAAGCCAGAUCCCAAUAUUCCCUCACUUCCCAACUCCGUGUAACUCUUAAAGAGACCGUAGGCCAAUUUCUGCUAGAGUAUCGCAUGCCGUGCUCUUCGAGAGCAUCGCCAGGAACCAAUUCCUUCCGUUUUACUAACAUGCAUGCUUUUGCUGCUUGCUGUGCUUAUGCAUUGAGUAUAUAGUGUUGCCAUUAACUAAAUUAACAAAAGAGCAUCUCCUUAGCGUAGCUUAGAAUAGAAAAAUGUCAAAAAAGCAUGCAUUAUGUUUUGUUGAAGGUGCUGUAAAAAUGUGAGAACUAAUCGUAGGGGGAAACAUACAAACACAUGGUUCUUAUGGGUUAAACAUGCUUUAAGUACUUCUGUAACAGCUCCAAAGCAAAAAUGAGCAUAUUUAUUCUACUUUUGCAUAUUUUCUUGGUUUUUCAGCUUUAUAGUCGUAGUUAACCUUCAGACUAGGUAUGUGAGUUUUGCAAAGCGCCCUGCUUAAGAUAGCGUAGUCUCGUAAUGCUUGUCGCCUGAUGCUUUUUGCAAGUCAUGGUUAAAGUCUCUUUAAUAGUUAUUUGGAGUUUGCUAGUUAUUCAUUCAGGUAUGCUUAUAUAAUGCUUAUAUAUUUAUAUACAUGUAGUCAGUAUUCUGUAUCUUAGCUUCGGUGGUGCUACAUUGUUAUUAUAACCCUUCUGGAAAGCUAUGCAGACAUACAUGGUUUGUACACAUAACCAAAGUGGAUUUUUUUUAUCACUUUUGUGGAAGUGAGGGAAUUGCAGCCAUUAAACAUUCCAAAUAGAUGUAGGCCCUGAUACACUUGCCCCAUUGCAACUUGAGUUUUUAGCACUAGAUUUUUGUCCUGUUUGAUUUGAAAGUGAUUUUAGCAUAUAAUUUUUGUUUUUGCAAAGAUUGUUACGCAAGCACUUUACAUGAUUACACUUUAUCCAUUACAAAUUAAGCGCAACAAGACACUUCAGGUAUUACGAUAUUUGCACAAAAUAGUAGCAGUCAAACUUGGAAUUUAUAUAUAUUUUUUUGAACAAGAUUCUCAUAUCUACUUCAAAAUUGUGACAAAAUGGGAUUUUAGAACUACACCACCAGUCAAAAGUUUUUUAAAAUUUUUAAAAAGAUUUUUUAUGUUUUUUUUUUUUUUUAAAAGUCUCUUCUCACCAAGCCUGCAUGUAUUUGAUCCACAGUACAGCAAAAACAGUAGAAUUUUGAAAUAUUUUAACUAUUUAAAAUAACUGCUUUCUAUUUUAAUAUAUUUUAAAAUGUAAUUUAUUCCUGUGAUUUCAAAGCUGAAUUUUUAGCAUUACUACAGGCACAUGAACCAUUAGAAAUCAUUCUAAUAUUCCGAUUUGGUGCUCAAAUUUAUUAUUAUUACUAUGUUGAAAACAGCUGAGUAGAAUUUUUUCAGGUUUCUUUGAUAAAUAGAAUGUUCAGAAGAACAAUAUUUUAUUUAAUAUAGACAUUUUUUGUAACAUUAUAAAUGUCUUUAUCAUCACUUUUGAUCAAUUUAAAGCAUCCUUGUAAGUAUUAAAUUCUAUAAUUUCUAUUAAAUUAAAUUUAGCUUUGAUAACAGUAAUAAAUUACAUUUUAAUAUAUAUUAAAAUUGAAAACGUUUUCAUUUUAAACAGUAAAAAUACUUUUGCUGUACUUCAUAUCAAAUAAAUGCAGGCUUGGUGAGCAGAAGAGACUUCUUCAAAAUCUAUUAAAACUCUUACUCUUCAGAAACUUUUGACUGGUAGUGUAGCUCAAACACUCGUGAUUUUACUGCCCUGUAAGUGACGCCACACCUCAGUUUUCCCUUCAUUCAAAUCAAAUGCUAAUCUAAAUGUUCCACAACACGAAGUAAACAUUACACACCUGCCUUGAGCCACAAAAGCCAGGUACUAACAUCCUUUUGACAACCACAGCUGGCUUGACAUAUAUAUGAAGUAUGUUCUAAUAGUUGUGUAAUAUUGAUGUUGGACACCAGCGGGAAUCCACCAUAUGCACAGAACAGAGAAGGGAUUAUUGAGUCCAGUGUGGACGGCUGGUUUGAAGUGCAGCUGGUUACAAACGCAGGUGCCAAGACUGGUUAAAUAAGCAUUUUUUACAUUAUAUCAUGAGGCCCUUAUGAACUCGGUGUCAGUUAUGAAACACUUAAUUGCUUUAGUGCAUACUGUCUGUCUUUCUGUGAAUGUGAAGCCUUAUUUACACCUGUAAAAUAUUUUUAUAUUCUUGUGUUGACUUGUUUUAUUUGAAUUCAGUUUUGUCCUCCUAUAUACACCACACAGAUCUUACCCUUGAUUACAUAAUGAAAAUGAAACACUUUUGCAAUAAAUAGUACUUAAAACCCAACUGAAUGUAAUGUAAGAACAAACAUUUUUUAUCAGAGCAUACUCCUGUUGUGUGGCAUACUUGCAAUGAUUGUGGUUCACACACACUCCACUGUGGGGGAAUAUACAACUCAAGAUUUGUACUGCAUCUCACUUCAACUGAAAUAAACAGAUUUGUAUCCAAA